GAGGCGCGGUCCGAAUUUAAAUCUUAGCGUCAAUAGGACUCUAAAGGAUUUGCCUGAGGGUUCUAAAAUCCCUUUGAGAAUGGAUGAGCAUACAAUAUCCUUUAUUGGGACCUCAGCAACAGACUUUGCGACCGAGUGUGGAAUCAUUAUGCGCAAUUUUUGUCCGAUGAACUAUCACACAUGGGAAUCAGUACCGGAAGAUGCGAAAACCUUGAUGUAUGAGAAACUAGAAGGAAAAUUCGAGUUAUUGCGAACAAAUACCAUUUUUAUGGAGUAUGUGAAUGCUCGAUUACAUGCCCAGUGGAAACGCACCCGAGGUAAAUGGAGUGAACAUUGGAAGAAGAACGGAGGGAAAACUAAUCCGCAGCUAGCAAGAUCUAAAAGGAAAUCUGAUUGCCCGAUUCAAGAAUGGAAUCAUUUGUGUGACUAUUGGGAGUUAGAAAAAACUAAGAAAUAUAGUGAUAAAAUGGAAGCUAAUAGAGCAAAACAAGUUAAUAUAAGCAGAGGGGGCUCUCGGUCGAUAGCCAAUCAUACAUUUCAAACGGUAAGAUUUAGACUUUCGACUCAUAAUGCAAUAUAUUAUUGA